CGCGAAACGUGGCGUUGGUAGCAAGCAAGAGAGCAGGUGCCAUUGUGUUUCGUGCCUACAGCAGUGCAGGCGUGCGUGUAUACAGCAGAAUCAUCGUCCAUGGAACUCGCUGCCGAGGCUGAGGAGACGGCGGGCUUGGACCUGGGUCCCCUGCUGGACGCCGGGGAGUGCGCCGUCGUGACCCUGGCGGCGGGGCAGACGCUGUUGGCGGCGCACAGGGCCGUUCUGGCUGCGAGGAGUCCAGUGUUUGCCGCCCUGGUCCACCAGGACUCGCUGGAAGUCAGCGGCGGCCACAUUGACCUCACAGACGUCGAGGGCCCGGUGUUGCGCCACCUGGUCUCUUACUGCUACACCCUCCGGGCUCCACAGCGGCCGAGCGUGGCCCCACAACUGCUGGCAGCUGCAAAGAAAUACGGCGUCCCUGGGUUGAAAGUGGAGUGUGAGCGAACUCUAGAAUCAUCCUCAGUGGAACGCGUUGUGGAGGCUGAGGAGACGGCGGGCUUGGACCUGGGCCCCCUGCUGGACGCCGGGGAGUGCACCGUCGUGACCCUGGCGGCGGGGGAGACGCGGUUGGCGGCGCACAGGGCCGUUCUGGCUGCGAGGAGUCCAGUGUUUGCCGCCCUGGUCCACCAGGACUCGCUGGAAGUCAGCGGCGGCCACAUCGACCUCACAGAUGUCGAGGGCCCGGAGCUGCGCCACCUGGUCUCGUACUGCUACACCCUACGGGCUCCACAGCGGCCGAGUGUGGUCCCACAGCUUCUGGUAGCCGCAGACAAAUACGGCAUUUCGGGGUUGAAGGGAGUGUGCGAGCAGCAGCUGGCCGCUCAGCUCUCAGUGGAGACCGCAGCGGCCACAGCUGUGCUCUCCGUCAGGCACUCCUGUCCCAGACUCACAGCGGCCGCCCUUGCCUUCAUAAAGGCCAACCACGAGGUGCUGGCCACGCAGGGUUGGUUCGAUGCAGUGCUCCACCAGCCCGAAGACGCAGUCGAAGUGAGUCGGCUGCUCGGUGAGAUGGCACAAUUCAGGAACUUGUCUGCAGAAGAGAAAGCCAAGAGGUUGAUUCGAGCAGCUCAGGAGGGGACAGUGGAGGAGCUGCAGGAACUGCUGGCUGUGGGGGCAAAUGUGGGGGCGAGGGACGAGAAUGUGUUGAGACAGACCGCUCUGCACUAUGCAGCUGCCAAAGGAAACGUGGAGGUGGUGAAGUGCCUGUUGGAGGGUGGAGCAGAGGUGGAUUCCAGAGACACCUGGCAGGAGACACCUCUGCACAAGGCUGCAUACAACGGCCAUACAGCUGUGGUGCAGUUGCUCGUGGCGUCCAGUGCUGACCCCAAUGCCAGCAAUUGUUGUGGAUGUAUGCCACUGCACUUUGCAGCAGAUCGUGGCCACAUGGAGACCACAGCUGCACUGCUGGAAGCGGGAGCCGACAGGUUGGCGAGUGAUAAGGAUGGGAACACUCCCAAAUACUUUGCUGAGCGUAAAAACCACCAGAAACUUGUAGAGAUGCUAACAUGAAGCUGCUAGACAUAUGAACAUAGGUGGAUAAUACGAAGUUUUCUACGUGACAUUGUUUCUUAAGUAAAGACAAAAAAUUACUCCUAUUGUUAUUCAUUUGUACCCAUCAUUACACAGUACAUGGAACCACUAUAAUGACACCUAAACAAUUGUAACAGUUGGAUAUGCACAUAAUUUAAUAUUAUUAACUUUUGUUUUGAUAAAACAGACUGAAAAAAUCCUUAGAACACCAUUAGGAAACUCAACAAUAGAAAAAUACUCUUUCACUACUAAUAAACACCAGUUUUCUGUUUCAAACGAGAGUUUCUACUGCAUAAAAAGUGUUUAAACAAUACAGAGGAGUACAGCCAUGUGAUGUCUUCGAGAACCACCAAUAUUUCAACAGGUCAUCACCCAGUCAUUUUCAAGGCAUAAAUGGCGAAAUAUGAAGGGUUGUAAAAGGUGACAUCGAGCUGCAUUUCUGUAAGUUGUUUAAAUCAGUCGUCAACCUCAUUUGAUUUCUGAAAAGUAUUUGGUUAGAGCCAUGUAUGUUAAACUAGUGUAAACUACACCAUACCCAGAUAAAUGCUAUAUAUGCUGUGUGAUGAGAAUGCAUCUUCAAUUCUGAUAUCAGGCUAAAUUCACUUCUGUGUCUGCAAUGCAGCUGUUGCAAUAGUUCAUGUAUUUACGCCACAUUAUGGGCCAAUCAUCCGCAAUAGUAUUGUUUGUUUACGUUUAAUUAAAGGGAAUGAAAGAAUCAUUCCUCAUCCAUAUACCUGUAAUAUUGCUAUUAUAAAACAUACUAACUUCUAUCAAGUAACAAGGGACUUUUGAUCUCACAUUACAAGGGACUGCAACAAGUUUUCCCUCUUUCCAAAUUUCCCACCAUUUCCCUCAGCCUGAAGUCAGGUCAGCACAGAGCCUGUGUGGGUCAUUGUGCAGCAACUCUGUCCAAUCAGGCACCACUACUGAAAGCACCCUCACUGCCCCAGCUGUCAGCUACUUCUCAGACAAUAACCCCUUUCUGUAGUGGAUUUUUAAGCCUUCCUUCUGCUUUUAGUUUCUCCAAUUUUAUGACUUUCGUUCCCAUUGCUUCUGGUUUUCAAUUUCUGUUUUUUACUGUUUCCUAAGCCACGGACCGGGCGCAAGUGACCAUAGCAGUUUUGCGCCCUAAAACCAAAACAAACAAACAAAAAACUUCUCAGACAAUCAGUCCAUGGGGUAAGGUUACAAAUAUUGC